GCAUCUAUCAGCAUUUAGCAGACUCUAAUGAUUGCUGAUGGCGACAAUUUAAUGCUUGCCCAGCAGCUAGAUGAUUACUUUCACUUUUUUUGUAUGUGUUCAUGGAACCACAAAAAAUGCAGUGUUUCUGUUGGUUAUUUCACAGCUCUAUAGAAACUGCAGUUACAGUUUAAAAUCCAAUGCACAGCAUGAGGAUGGCAGCUGAUAAAGUGGACUGUGUUGAGGAAUUUUGCUAAAUGGGUAGAAAACAGCCGCUGUUGCCAUAGGGGAGAAAAUGAGUAAUGGAUAUGUUCACUCGUCCACUGUUGUAACCAUUUUUCUACACGCACUGUAAUUUGUAGCAUUAUGUUACAUCCCUUAAACAGACACAAUAAUGUUUUUAAAAAGAUCUGGGGCUACAUGUGUAACUUAGUGAUAAAGAGCCCGCCUAGAACGCUCAAAACCCUAAAUUCAAUCUCCAGCUCUGGAAAACUUUUAAAGGAUGUUAAUGAAGAGCAGUUACAAUAUAAGCUCAGUACAAUGUAAAGUAUACCUUAUUGUAUACUCAUGAGCAUAUAAACCAUACGUAUGGUCAAAUUACUGGAUAGAAGUUUUAAAAGUUAAUGUUUUCUAGUUAUCGGGUUUGCCAGCUAGCUCUAAAGUAUUCAUAUUACUGAACUUAUAUUAGUCAUUAAGACUUACAUUUCUGAAUAAUAGAGGUAAACUGAUCUCAGCAGCAAAGUUUCUACUUUUUUGCUCCUUUAAAUGGGGAAGAAAAAAAUAAAAAUAACAAAAAAUUUUAAAAAACAGGGAAGAUAGAUUUUAAAAAAGGAAAUAGGAAGUCACCUUCCACAUAUAAUUUAUAAAGUAACCAGCUGACUGAUCACAAUGUAAAGAGGAGUGAAAUCAAAUUUGUGACACAAAAUAUAAAGAACACCACCUCUGUGAAAUGAGUUACAAUAAAUGUCCGUGUGAGCCUCUCAUAUAAAAAUACUUGUUUUUUUCUUGAGUGAACUCUUCACAAUUCUGAAAACCAGUGCAAAGUUGAUCAUCUCAUCCUUGGUUAUGCAUAGCCCAUGGAGAGAGGCCAGGACAUCCACAGUUAAGUACUAGCAAGACAUUUAAGUCUAUGAAAUUUGAGGAUCCAGUGCAGUCUUCUGAAAUUCAGCUGAAAUUUGCAUCUUCAGACCAAAAACUGCAUGAGCAUUGAAGAGAAUUUAGUGAGUUCUCCAAGCUUAUCUGGACUUUUGCCUAAGACCCGCUAUGUAAAGAAUUCUUUUUCCCGCCAGUGUGGAAACAUUCUAGUCCAAGAGUCUGGAAAAUUUAACCUUGUGAUCUAGUGUGGAAAGGUGUUCUUUUCUGCCUGGAGUAUACCAGUCACUUCAAUGGUUGGAGUUUCCAGAAACUUUAUUUCAAGUCUCAAAAAUCUGAGUUUUAGCAGCAGUAUAAUGGCUGGCGCUCUUCUUUAGUCUGACUUGUGGGUGUCUGGGUGACAUCAUCUCUAUUUAGGAAAGAUGGGAUCCAGGAAUGCAUCAGCCUUUGGCGGCGGCGACCUACUGGCUUAAGUUUACAAAGCACUUAGCAGCAGAGGGAACACUUAGCAGCAGGAUACACUAUUGCCUCUUCCUAGCAUUCCUGGUGCCCACCGGCCCAGGCCCUCGCUCAGCGGACUACUUGGAAGCCGCGCGAGCUGCCCAGGCCCCUACCUGGUCAAGAUCUGCACCACAACUCCCCGCUGUCACCCGUCGCCUGAGAAAGGAAAGAGAGGCCGGGGACAGAAUCGCGCUGACACCGACGGGUCACUGGGAUUCGCGCUGCUCCGCUCCACCCCCCCCCCCACGUCCCCGCCCUUCAGAUUCUUUCAUCGGCCGCCGCCCUGGGAGGCUUGUCCCUAGCCGCCCGCCGUAGCCCAACCGGCUGCCGUUCUCAAGAUGGCCGCGGCACGCAUCGCUCCUGCGGCGGGCUAGAAGCGGAGGCGGAGCCGAGUCACUCCUGCACUCAGGGCUCGGGUCCUAGGCGCCAGGCUGCAGCUUAUUGCCUGCCGCGGCCAUGCAGGGCUCUGUGCACGGAUGAGGGAAGCCGUCGACGAGCUGGUCCCCCCUCCCGCCUUCGCCGUCACCCCUGCCGCCGCCAUGGAAGAGCCGCCGCCACCGCCGCCGCCGCCGCCGCCGCAGGAACCUGAGCAGGAGUGCAGCCAGGCGGCGAGGCAAGAGUGCAUGUUGGGAGAUUCAACUUGCAAGAGUCCUGAAUCAGAUCCAGAGUACUUUUCUGAUGAAACAAAUACUGAAAAUCUUUAUGGCACCUCUCCCCCUAGUACUCCUCGACAGAUGAAACGUAUGUCAGCCAAACACCAGAGGAAUAAUGUAGGGAGGCCAGCCAGUCGAUCCAGUCUGAAAGAAAAAAUGAAUGCACCAAAUCAGCCUCCACAUAAAGACACUGGAAAAGCAGUAGAGAACGUGGAAGAAUACAGCUACAAGCAAGAGAAAAAGAUUCGAGCAACUCUUAGAACAACAGAGCGUGAUCACAAGAAAAAUGUACAGUGCUCGUUCAUGUUAGACUCAGUCAGUGGGUCUUUGCCAAAAAAGUCAAUUCCAGAUGUAGAUCUCAAUAAACCUUACCUCAGCCUUGGCUGUAGCAACGCUAAGAUUCCUGUCUCUGUACCCAUGCCUAUAGCCAGAACUGCACGGCAGACUUCUAGAACUGACUGUCCAGCAGAUCGUUUAAAGUUUUUUGAAACAUUACGACUUUUGCUAAAGCUUACCUCAGUCUCAAAGAAGAAGGACAGGGAGCAAAGAGGGCAAGAAAAUACAUCUGCUUUUUGGUUUAACCGAUCAAAUGAACUGAUCUGGUUAGAGCUGCAAGCCUGGCAUGCAGGACGGACCAUUAAUGAUCAGGACCUCUUUUUAUAUACAGCCCGACAGGCCAUCCCAGAUAUUAUCAAUGAAAUCCUUACUUUCAAAGUUAACUAUGGGAGUUUUCCCUUUGUUAGAAAUGGAGCAAGUUUCAAUGGUACUUCAGUAGAAGGGCCACACCAAGCCCCUUAUGGAACAAAGAACGUGGGUUACUCAUCUUACCAUGAGCAUCUCCAGCGUCAGAGGGUCUCGUUUGAGCAGGUAAAACGGAUAAUGGAGCUGCUAGAGUACAUAGAGGCACUUUAUCCAUCAUUGCAGGCUCUCCAAAAGGACUAUGAAAAAUAUGCUGCAAAAGACUUCCAGGACAGAGUGCAGGCACUCUGUUUGUGGUUAAAUAUCACAAAAGACUUAAAUCAGAAAUUAAGGAUUAUGGGUACUGUUUUGGGCAUCAAGAAUUUAUCAGAUAUUGGCUGGCCAGUGUUUGAAAUCCCUUCCCCUCGACCAUCCAAAGGUAAUGAUCCGGAAGACGAAGGCUGUUACACAGAGGGACGACUAAAAGAGUUGGAAAGUAGUAUGGAUGAAAGUGAUGAAGAACACAGCUCUGAUCCAGGGGUAUCAGAAAUCAGGACAUCCAUAGACAACCGUUUGGAUGUUCAGUUGCACGACUGUGCAUCCAAGAAGCUUGAGAGGCUUGAGUCUGAAGAGGAGCCUGUGGGCUGGGGAGCAGCGGAGUACAGUACCGAAGCAGGCUUCAGUAAACAUUGUCUGACUUCUAUUUAUAGACCAUUUGUAGACAAAGCACUGAAGCAGAUGGGGUUAAGAAAGUUAAUUUUACGACUUCAUAAACUAAUGCAUGGUUCCUUGCAAAGGGCGCGUAUAGCACUGAUUAAGAGUGAUCAUCCAGGAGAGUUUUCUGAAUUUCCAGAUCCCAUGUGGGGGUCAGAUUAUGUGCAGUUGUCAAGGACACCACCUUCCUCUGAACAGAAAUGUAGUUCUGUGUCCUGGGAGGAGCUGAAGGCCAUGGACUUGCCUUCAUUCGAACCUGCCUUCCUAGUGCUUUGCCGAGUGCUGCUGAACGUUAUACACGAGUGCCUGAAACUGCGAUUGGAGCAGAGACCCGCUGGGGAGCCGUCUCUCCUGAGUAUCAAGCAGCUGGUGAGAGAGUGUAAAGAAGUCCUGAAGGGUGGCCUUUUGAUGAAGCAGUACUAUCAGUUUAUGCUGCAGGAGGUUCUAGAGGACUUGGAGAAGACUGACUGCAACAUCGAUGCGUUCGAAGAGGAUCUGCAUAAGAUGUUGAUGGUAUAUUUUGAUUACAUGCGAAGCUGGAUCCAAAUGCUACAGCAAUUACCUCAAGCAUCCCAUAGUUUAAAAAAUCUGUUAGAAGAGGAGUGGAAUUUCACCAAAGAAAUAACUCAUUAUAUUCGAGGAGGAGAGGCACAGGCUGGAAAGCUUUUCUGUGACAUUGCAGGAAUGCUGCUAAAAUCUACAGGAAGCUUUCUAGAAUUUGGCUUACAAGAGAGCUGUGCUGAAUUUUGGACCAGUGCUGACGAUACCAGUGCCUCUGAUGAAAUACGGAGAUCCGUCAUAGAGAUCAGCCGAGCACUCAAGGAGCUGUUCCAUGAAGCCAGGGAAAGAGCCUCAAAGGCACUUGGAUUUGCCAAAAUGUUGAGAAAAGACCUGGAAAUUGCAGCAGAAUUUACCUUCUCAGCUCCAGUUAGAGACCUGCUGGAUGUUCUGAAAGCAAAACAGUAUGUUAAGGUUCAGAUUCCUGGCUUAGAAAACUUGCAAGUGUUUGUCCCAGACACCCUUGCUGAGGAGAAGGGUAUCAUUCUGCAGUUACUCAAUGCCGCUGCAGGAAAAGACUGUUCCAAAGACCCAGAUGAUCUGCUCAUAGAUGUUUUUCUGCUUCUAACGAAGCAUGGGGAUCGAGCACGUGACUCAGAUGAUGGCUGGGGCACAUGGGAGGCACAGACUGUGAAAGUAAUGCCCCAGGUGGAGACUGUUGAUACCCUGAAAAAUAUGCAGGUGGACAAUCUUUUACUAGUCGUGAUGCAAUCUGCUCAUCUCACAAUUCAGAGAAAAGCCUUCCAGCAGUCCAUUGAGGGACUUAUGACGCUCCGACAAGAGCAGACAUCCAGUCAGCCAGUCAUUGCCACAGCUUUGCAGCAGCUCAAGAAUGAUGCACUACAACUAUGCAACAGAAUAAGUGAUGCCAUUGACCGAGUGGACCACAUGUUCACAUCAGAAUUUGAUGCUGAAGUUGAUGAAUCUGAGUCUGUCACACUGCAGCAGUACUACCGAGAAGCAAUGAUUCAAGGCUACAAUUUUGGGUUUGAGUAUCAUAAAGAAGUUGUUCGCUUGAUGUCGGGAGAGUUUAAACAGAAGAUAGGAGAUAGAUACAUAAGCUUUGCCCGGAAAUGGAUGAAUUAUGUGCUGACUAAAUGUGAAAGUGGUCGAGGUACCAGACCAAGGUGGGCAACUCAAGGAUUUGAUUUUUUACAAGCCAUUGAGCCUGCCUUUAUUUCAGCUCUACCAGAAGAUGACUUCUUGAGUUUACAAGCCUUGAUGAAUGAAUGCAUUGGCCAUGUCAUAGGAAAGCCACACAGUCCUGUUACAGGUUUGUACCUUGCCAUUCAUCGGAACAGCCCCCGUCCUGUGAAGGUACCUCGAUGCCAUAGUGACCCUCCUAACCCACAUCUAAUUAUUCCAACUCCAGAGGGAUUCAGCACUCGGAGCGUGUCUUCGGACAUGCGGAGCCACGGCAGCCCUGCUGCUGCUACUGCUGUUGUUGCUGCUGCCGCCGCCGCCACCACCAGUCGGCCUGGCCCUUUUGGUGGUGACGCUGUGCCGCCCAAACCUAUCAGCACUGCCCCUGAUACCAGGGGUUCCAGUGUUCCUGAAAAUGACCGGUUGGCAUCUAUAGCUGCUGAAUUGCAGUUUAGAUCCCUGAGUCGUCACUCAAGCCCCACGGAAGAGAGAGAUGAGCCAGCAUAUCCCAGGGGUGAUACAAGUGGAUCAACACGGAGAAGUUGGGAAUUACGGACACUUAUUAGCCAAACCAAAGAUACUGCUUCUAAACAAGGACCCAUAGAAGCUAUCCAGAAGUCAGUCCGAUUGUUUGAAGAAAAGAGAUACCGAGAAAUGAGGAGAAAGAAUAUCAUUGGUCAAGUUUGUGAUACGCCUAAAUCCUAUGAUAAUGUCAUGCACGUUGGCUUGAGGAAAGUGACCUUCAAAUGGCAAAGAGGAAACAAAAUUGGAGAAGGACAAUAUGGGAAGGUCUACACCUGCAUCAGUGUUGACACAGGAGAGCUGAUGGCCAUGAAGGAGAUUCGAUUUCAACCUAAUGACCAUAAAACUAUCAAGGAAACUGCAGAUGAACUGAAAAUAUUUGAAGGCAUCAAACAUUCCAAUCUGGUUCGGUAUUUUGGUGUGGAACUGCAUAGAAGCACAGUAACUUUGCCUAAUUCUCAGGAAAUCUCCAUGAGUUACAUCAUUUCUGCCUUCUCUCUGAAACUAGAGGAGUUCUUCCUAAAAUGAAGAAAUGUACAUCUUCAUGGAGUACUGUGACGAGGGCACAUUAGAAGAGGUGUCAAGGCUGGGGCUUCAGGAACACGUCAUUAGGCUAUAUUCCAAACAAAUCACCACUGCUAUCAAUGUUCUCCAUGAGCAUGGCAUAGUUCACCGUGACAUUAAAG